AUGGACUCUGAAGACGGUGAAUUCUUCAUUAAACAACUGGCCACGUUUGUGCGCACUCAUGAAAAGGCACUCGCCAAUGCUUUACAAUUUCAGCGCCAGAGCCGUCACAGGCCCUCUCAGAGCACCAGCGCCGCGACGCUUCCCCCGCCACCGACCGUCUCGGAGCGCCCCUCAACAUCCUCCUCGACUACUGGUACCCUCGCUGCUGCGCUCUCGCUUGGCAACCUUAGCUUCACCUCUCAUAAUGUCAAGUCUGCAAAGCUGGCAUUGACCCCUCAUCAUCUCUUCUAUCUUCUCUCCCGUUUUGAGGACCUUGGAAUUUCCGUCGGACCUAUGAAGAUUCGCUUGGAGAAUCUGCACGACAGUGCCUCUUCCGCCAACUAUGUAUCAUUCCUCAGUGGUUCCAACCAACGCCCCAGGACUCGUAGUACGGAUGCUACUUCCAUUCAUUCCGUUUCUAGCGUCAGGAGUGUCAUGUCUGGCAUGUCUUCCCUCUGGGCAAGCCUCGGCAUCGGGUCCAGCAUUUCAGCUGCUCGAACCGAACGCCAGAAGGCUGCCCUCGAGGCUGAUAUGAAAUAUCUCUACUCCGCCUUUACCAAGAUUCCCUGCCUGAAACUGGCCCCUGACUGGCGAGCCCGAUUAAUCCGUGGAUACGAGGAGUUUCCCUUUGACUCGGCCGUUCCCCUGUACGCUUUCAAAAACCUCCAAGCUCUCGAGGUCAAUAGCAUCGAUUUUCGCCAGUUUUUUGGAUGGGACCGCAUGGCUGACCAGCUGCGAUCACUGACCCUUAGACAGGCCGGAAUCGAAGAUCCUGCCGACAUUCUCAUCGACAUUGUCCUGGAUGAUAUGGAUAAGCGACGCCGUCGCACUUCCAAGGCCCAGUCAUCGCCCACCACCACUUGGGGCGCAAACAGCCCCCGUCGCAGCCCGUCUUUGGUUCACCCAGAACUUUCCCGCUCAGCUUCCCUCCCUGCUUCCCCGGACCCCCGUGCCGCCCUAGGUGAUCUCCGAAUCGGUUCGCUUACCCCUCCGGACGCAUCUGAUGCCCCAACGAGUCCCAAGAGCCGUCCCAUUCUUACUAGGAAGGAAAGUGAGGACUAUUCCAAGUCCCCUGCCAAGUCCCCGGCAAAGUUUUCACGACCUCGCAGUAUCUCGCCGUCGAGACCCACCACCUCCCGCACGCAUACUCGCAAUUCCCAGAGAAUCACUCGCUCUGGCUCGGGCAGCUCUCACUCCAGCCUCUCGGAUUCCUGGUACCACCACCAUGCCCGCGGCAGCUCUGGUAACUUACUCGCCAUGGGCAUUCUGCCGGCCUCCAAGUGGAGAUUCCUACGGCAUCUCAGCUUGGCCGAUAACGCCAUGACUUCUAUUCCUCCCACGAGUCUGGCCCCGCUCUCCAACACCCUCUACUCGCUCGACCUCUCUUCCAACCUCUUUAAUCAGAUUCCAGAAAGCCUUGCCACCUUGACCGCCCUUCGCGCGCUCAAUCUCUCGCACUGCAUGAUUGAUUCGCUCCAUUCUCUAACUCGCAACCCGCUUCCUGCCAUUACCGCCCUUAACCUGCGAGCUAAUCGUCUUCAGUCACUGGCUGGCAUCGAACGACUGUACCCUCUAGAGCGUCUGGACCUGCGCGAUAAUCGUCUCGGGGACCCUAAGGAACUGGCAAGACUAACUGGCAUCCCCGAAAUUCGUGAGAUUUGGGUGGAGGGCAACCCUUUCACCCGCACACACAAAGACUACCGCAUCACCAUCUUCAACUUAUUCCGCGCAACAGCCGGGUAUACUGAAGAUGUCGUGAUUGAUGGCAACGGCCCAACCUAUACGGAAAAGCGACUGCUUGCCGAGCGUGUCCCGAUCCCCGACUCAGUUCCCGUCGUGAAGCCCGCCCCAGUAGUGGUACCCGCGGUGGAAAUCAGCAAGCCCGCCGUCAUCCAGGGCGCAAGAGAGCCUGCGGUCCUUCGCAAAGAGCGCCCUGUUGCAAAGGCCGUGACGAGUGAGGCCAGCACCAGUUCCCGUCGCCGUCGGAAGACGCCCAAACGGAGAAUUGUGGACUUGGCCACCCGUGACGGCUCGCCUCUGCCCACUACAUCGGAAAGGCCUUCCGACAAGUCAGUUGCUACCUCUUCCUCUACCGUCACGAAAGUCGACGAUGGCGAGACGGGUCUAUCGCCUCGGCGUCAGCUUUUGCCUCCGGUAGUCCUCUCGCCUCGCCAGGGCGAGUUUGCGCCAGUGCUCUCCUCUGCAUCGUCCACAGUCAAGCCUGAGGGCUCACAGCCAGCCCAAGAUGGGGACAGCGAAUGGGCGGCGUCGAGUGACUGGGAUGCCAGUGGUGAUUAUUAUCGCCGCAAAAUCGAAGCUCUCCGAAACAGUGUCGGAGAAGGAUAUUUGAGUGCGCUCAGCGAGGAGAGCUGGGAAUCCACCCCCGGUUUUGACAUGACUGGCUUGCCGAACGUUGCUUCGCUUCGCGCCGGUCAUCUGCCCCAUCAUGUACCUGCUGUCCAGACCGUCCAUAGUGGACGCACACUGGGGUAG